AUGUACAAUUUUAUUCAUUGUCUUUGCACGUUGUGUUCUACCGAAGUGAAACUCAAUCACGUUCAUAAUCCCAUUCCAUCGAAUGCUCGGAGAGCAAAACCCAAUUCUCUCGCUCACUCGCCAUUAGUGGAGGAUUUCCAAGUGCUUUCCCACUACGGGGGCAGCACUCCCGAGGAAGAAUAUUACCAUCGACAAGGAAUCAAAUCAACAAGCUCAUACUUCACUUCACCAAUAGCCUUAUCUCUCUUAACCCGAUCAUGGAUACCCACCAACACCCCUCCACGCGGCCUCCUCUGUAUGGUCCAUGGAUACGGCAAUGACAUGAGCUGGACUUUUCAAGCCAUGACAAUCUUUCUUGCCCAGAUGGGUUUCGCUUGUUUUGUUCUUGACAUUGAAAGCCAUGGCAGAUCUCAAGGUAUAAGGGCUUACGUACCACAUGUUGAUCUUGUUGUUCAAGAUUGUUUGUCUUUCUUUAACUCUUUUAAACAAGAUCCUUCCUUUAAUGGGUUACCUCGUUUUUUAUAUGGAGAAUCAAUGGGUGGUGCUAUUUGUCUUUUGAUCCAUUUCGCUGAUCCUCAAGGUUUUGAUGGAGCAAUUUUGGUUGCACCCAUGUGUAAAAUUUCUGACAAAGUAAAACCCAGAUGGCCCAUACCUCAAAUCCUAACAUUUCUACGAAAAAUUUUAUCUACUUUAGCGAUUGUGCCUACUGAAGAUCUUAUUUACAAGUCCGUUAAGGUGGAAGAGAAAAAAGUUAUAGCAAAUAUGUUACGAACUGGUUUUUCUUCUCAGAAGUACUAUAUUGUAGAGGUAAUUGGAAAAAUAAAUUAA